GAGCAAGGGGAGGAAAAGGAGGGUGCGCUUGGACCCUUAUUUCUGUUGGUUCGGAGAUUCUGUAUGAAGUAAUUGAAAUGCAGAGCUGGGAAGCACUGCUGUAGUCUUUUUCUCCCCUUCUUCUGGAGCAGAGGAAAACAUGUUUACUGUGGAUGAUUUUUAUUUUAUCGGAGAAUGAGAUUUUGGCUGAGAAAUGAAGAAAUGGCCCUGGAAGAAAUGGUGCAGAGAUUAAAUGCCGUUUCCCAGGACACUGAUGAAAUCAUGCACCAAGAUAUCGCUCCCCUCUAUGCCGCCGAUAUUGAAGAUCAACUGAAAAAGCAGUUUGCUUACCUGUCUGGUGGACGGGGGCAAGAUGGAUGUCCAGUCAUCACAUUCCCAGAUUACCCAGCUUUCAGCGAAAUUCCAGAGAAAGAGUUUCAGAAUGUCCUGACCUAUCUGACCAGCAUUCCCAGUUUACAGGACACUGGAAUUGGAUUUAUCCUUGUCAUAGAUCGGAGACAAGACAAAUGGACUUCUGUGAAAGCCUCUGUCCUUCGAAUAGCAGCAUCUUUCCCAGGGAACCUGCAACUUGUCCUGGUUUUACGCCCAACAGGAUUUUUACAGCGGACUCUCUCAGACAUAGCUUUCAAAUUCAAUAGAGAUGAAUUUAAAAUGAAGGUACCUAUCAUAAUGCUUAGUUCAGUACCAGAAUUGCAGAGUUAUAUUGACAAAACACAGCUGACAGAAGAUCUUGGUGGGACCCUGGACUAUUGCCAUAGCAAGUGGCUAUCUCACCGCACAGCUAUUGAAAGUUUCGCCCUAAUGGUUAAGCAAACAGCUCAAAUGCUACAGUCCUUUGGGACAGAACUAGCAGAAACAGAAUUACCUAAUGAUGUGCAAUCAACUAACUCCAUUCUUUCAGCACACACAGAGAAGAAAGGCAAAAUGAAGGAAGAUAUGAUGUUAGCAUUAAAAGAGGGACACACUAUCCUUGAAAGCAUUAGAGAGCCACUGGCCAAGAAUCCUGAGUACAAUCUAAAUCAAGAUCAGCUUGACAAUCAAACCACAGUGCAGAGGCUUUUGGAUCAUCUGGGUGAAACAGAAGCUGCUUUUGAUGAAUUUUGGGCUAAACAUCAGCAGAAACUUGAGCAGUGUCUACAACUCCGGAAUUUUGAACAGAACUUUCGAGAGGUGAAAGCCAUCCUAGAUGUUGUAUCAGAGAGGUUAUCAGCCUUUACUGAUGUGGGAAAUAGUUAUGCUCAUGUGGAACACAUGUUGAAGGACCUUACUAGCUUUGAAGAAAAAUCCAAUGAAGCUGUGGAGAAGGCUAGGGCUUUGUCUUUGGAAGGUAACCAGCUGAUCCAAAGCAAGCAUUAUGCUGUGGACUCCAUCUCACCAAAGUGCAAUGAACUCCAGCAUCUCUGUGAUGAAUUUACAGCUGAAAUGGGUAAAAGAAGGAAUCUUCUCCAUCAGUCACUGGAGCUCCAUAGCCUUCUUGAAAAGUCUAUGAAAUGGUGUGAUGAAGGUAUUUACCUGCUAGCUUCCCAGCCCGUAGACAAAUGCCAAUCCCAGGAUGGAGCCGAGUCAGCCCUACAAGAGAUCGAGAAGUUUUUAGACACUGGUGCAAAAAACAAGAUCCAGGAGCUAAAUAAAGUUUACAAAGAAUAUGAAUCUAUUCUCAAUCCAGAUCUUAAGGAGCAUGUACAAAAGGUAUUUCAGAAACAAGAGAGCAUGGAAGAAAUGUUCCAGAAGAGACAGGUGAGCCUGAAGAAAUUGGCCGCAAAGCAGACCCGUCCAGUGCAGCCAGUAGCACCAAGACCUGAAGCAUUUACAAAAUCUCCUUGCACUUCUCCAGGUCUUCGAAGAGGUUCUGAGAACUCUUCUGAAAGCAACAUGCCAAGAAGAGGAAAUUACAGAAGAGCAAAGAGUGAAAUGAGUGAUAUACAACAGGCAGAAGGCUCAAUGAUGGAUGAUGAAGAAAAUCUGGCAAUAUUGCGAAGGCAUGUCAUGAAUGAGCUUAUUGAAACAGAGAGAGCAUAUGUGGAAGAGCUGCUUUGUGUCCUUGAGGGAUAUGCUGCAGAGAUGGAUAAUCCACUAAUGAUGCAUCUCAUUUCACCAGCCCUCCAAAAUAAGAAGGAUGUUCUAUUUGGGAAUAUGGAGGAGAUUUAUCACUUUCAUAACAGAAUAUUCCUGAGAGAACUUGAAAACUACAUAGACUACCCAGAACUGGUAGGAAGGUGUUUUCUAGAAAGGAUGGAAGAUUUUCAGAUUUAUGAGAAAUAUUGUCAAAAUAAACCCAGAUCAGAAAGUCUGUGGAGGCAGUGCUCAGACUGUGUAUUUUUCCAGGAAUGCCAGAAAAAACUUGAUCACAAACUCAGCUUGGAUUCUUAUUUGCUGAAGCCUGUACAAAGAAUAACUAAGUAUCAGCUGUUAUUAAAGGAAAUGCUGAAAUACAGUAAAAAUUGUGAAGGAGCUGAAGAUCUACAAGAAGCAUUGACUUCUAUCCUUGGAAUUCUCAAAGCUGUCAAUGAUUCCAUGCACCUGAUUGCCAUCACUGGCUAUGAUGGAAACUUAAAUGAACUAGGCAAGCUCUUAAUGCAAGGCUCAUUCAGUGUUUGGACAGAUCACAAAAAGGGUCAUGCCAAAGUGAAAGACCUAGCCCGAUUUAAGCCAAUGCAGAGACAUCUGUUCCUCCAUGAGAAAGCAGUUUUGUUCUGUAAAAAGAGAGAAGAGAACGGAGAAGGAUAUGAAAAAGCCCCUUCAUACAGUUACAAGCAAUCCUUAAAUAUGACUGCUGUUGGAAUAACAGAGAAUGUUAAAGGGGAUGUUAAGAAAUUUGAAAUCUGGUAUAAUGCAAGGGAAGAGGUUUACAUAAUACAGGCUCCAACUCCUGAAAUUAAAGCAACCUGGGUAAAUGAAAUCCGGAAAGUCUUAACCAGUCAGCUGCAGGCUUGUAGAGAGGCUAGUCAGCACCGAGCAUUGGAGCAGACUCAGAGCCUGCCAUUACCUACAUCCUCUAACACAAGUCCCUCAAAAAAUCAAACAAAGAACAUUAAAAAAUUAGAAGAAAGAAAAACUGAUCCUGCAAGCUUGGAGGGAUAUGUCAGUUCAGCAUCAGUGCCGAAGAACCCAGACAAAAGCAAAGGUUGGACUAAAAAUUCCUAUUCACUUGAUGCCUCUGAAGACAAUGAUGGCUGGUCAAGCACUGAGGAACCCCUCAAUUCAUCAGAUGCAGAGGAAGAAGGUGGAGCAGGACCCAAGAAACUGGUUCCUGGCAAAUAUACAGUUGUGGGUGACCAUGAUGAAAAAGGAAGUCCAGAAUCCCUUGCUGUGAAAAGUGGAGAUAUGGUAGAAUUGCUACAGGAAGGAGAAGAGGGAUUUUGGUUUGUAAAGAACCUGACCACCAGCAAGGAAGGCUGGGUACCAGCCAGCAACCUGUUAGCACUGAUUAGCAACUCAAAAUCAGCUCAGUCUUUGAGCAGCUCAGAAUCUGGUACUGGUUCCACCUUUCUGAGCUCUUCCUCAAGCUGCAGUGAGAGUUGCAAUGCUACCUUCUCAGACAUCAAGGGUUAACAGCAAAGGGCUUACCUAUUAAAAUUCCUGAAAUAAGAACAUCACGGGCAAAAUUCUGAUGGCCAAAUUGCAAGGGUGAAAAUCAUCACAUAUAUCUGACAGUUUUGUCUUACUUGGAAUUUCCUUAGCUUAGAGAAGGGAAAGUUUCUUUUAAAAAUAAAAAAUAAUCAGAAGAUGACUCUAAGAAACUGAAAAUAAUUUACUGGAAAAACUCCUUUGCUGUACAUAGAACAACAUAAGGUGCAAAGAUAAAAGGAAAUGAUCUGAAGUGGAACACUCCAGAAGUUUCUCAUCUCUAAUUUCGAUUCCAGAACCCACUCCCUAAUGUAUAAUAUUCCAAUUUUUACAGAAAGAUACCAGUUCAAUCAUGCCACAUUGGAAGACAUGAACAGUGGAGAAUGACCUGGUAAAAACAAGGCUUUGUACAAAGUAUGACUAAGCAAACUGACUCUACUAAUCAUACUCUCAAUGAACAUUUUUCCCAGACAUUUAUGGGUUAAUAGUGUCUCAUUAUAAAUAACUAGAAAUCAUGUUUUGAUCCAAUUAUUCUACUUUUGUUUUCUUCUGAAAGAAUGUGCAUUUGAAGUUGGUUGCUAAAGAAAUGAACAAUUCAUUGACCCAACAGCUUGGAGAUAGGACUAUUUUAUCUUCUACAACUUUUUUUUUUUUUAAGGGAAUUAUUUGCUGGCCAUUUUUUUCCCAUGUGUGUGGUAUUUUGGCCUCUAACAAGUUCUUUACCAAGAAUCACUGUGUUUACAAUGAAACAAAACACAAUUUGAUACUGCCUUUGAUACAGAACUAUUUUUUGUUACCGAGGUUCACAUUUAAACAUAUUUGUAAAAUUAAAUGCUAUCUCACCUGUCUAUGACACCAAGACAGAUUCAUUUGGCUAAAGCUCUUUGGUUGUUGGUGAAUGAAAUUGGGCUGAUUUUGAUUGCCAGAAGAAAAUACAAACUAUAAAUAUUCAUCCUUUUUUUCUACCAAAAAAAAAUGUGGAGAAACUUUCCAUUUUUUAAUAACUUCUCUACAUUAUAUAUCUUUUUUACUGUUUUUAAAGAAAUGGUGAAGAUGCAAUUUAUGCAGGCUAUUAGCCCAAACAGUGCUUUUUCUUAUAGCCUGAGAUUCAGCCUUCCACUAUGCAGGCUUAGACCUUAGCUGGUCUAUUCCAAUCCAGAACUUUCCUCUUCUUAAGAAACAAAGGUUUGGUCAUCCAUGUAAUGUUAUUUUACAGUUCUUUGAACAUAUCAAUAUAAAUGCAGAAAACUUUUUUUUGGCUCAAGGCAGAAAACUGAAAUGUCUUUGUGUGUGUGUGUGUUUCAGGAAAAAAAAAUCUUGUUCUACUGAUUGUUGAAACACACUGUACCUGAUUGGGGCAAAUAUUUUUUAUAUGUAUGUAUAUAUGUUAAUGUUUGUAUAUAUGUAUAUAAAAUAUUGAUGUAAAGGAUGUAUUUAUAGACUCCUGCUGCUGAGAGUAUGUCACUUUACAAUCCAUAAAUACAAGUCUUCAUAAUCUCCUGAAACAUGAGAUGGAUCAAGGUUUUUGUUUUUUAGUCUGCAUCCCAUAUGCUCUAUCCGAAGAAAAUCACUCCACCUUUUCCAUGGUCUGUGAAUCUCUCCUUAGCCAGAAAUCUCUUGCCUCAAGUGCGGUAUUAAAAAUGGAACAUGGAAAGAGGCAUGAUGGUGUUUCUUCAGAUUUGUAAAUUAUUUGUAAAUGCCAUGUAACAUAAUUUACUUGUCUGUUGUUCAGAUGCUUUCCUCAAGACCGACUUGCUAUUUUGUGAUUGCCUCAUCUUAGCACUUUAAACCUCACAUUUCAUUCACUGUUACUUUUUUUCCUAUGGCUAAUGUAAAUGGCGUACAAAAUUAGAAUUCUUUAUUGUAUGUAUUAUGGUUGAAUUGUAUGUAUUAUGGAUGAAUAAAUCUCAGCAGCUCUUUGCUGUAUGCAUAUCCCUCAUUUUAUAAAGAGAA